GUCAGACAAGGGGCUAAACAGGCAGAACAGGACAGAGAGAAGCAACAAGCAGCGCUGGAGGGAGAUUAGACAUAAGCAGAGACAAAAGACACACCGGAGAGCAGAAGCUGGGGGUAGGAAGGAGAAGGAGAGAGCUCCUACAAGGGAUGUGCCCUGGCCUGUGACAAGCAACCCCCCCCAAGAAUGGAACCCAAAGGAAGGAAGAAGAUCCAGUUUUCUGUGUCUGCGCCCGCUGCACAGCUUGACCCCCGGGCAGUAGAGAUGAUUCGGAGGCGUAGGCCCACCCCAGCCACCUUAUUCCGCGUGUCUGAACCCCAGUCACCAGAUGAAGAUCCGACGGCGCAACAGAAGCCUGGCGAUGCUCAGCAACUAAAAAACAUGAGAGCAAAUCCGUGCACUUACAUUCCCCCAUCACUUAAAGCUGUCCAGCGUAUUGUGCAGUCACAUUUGCAGUCCCUUGGCUCUCUUAGUGACAGCGAUGAUGAAGAUGGUGACCACGAAGGAGACUCUGGAGAUGGGAUAGGCCAAUCCACUCAUGAGUCUCCCGAGACUGAGGUUUGUGGGAGUGAAGAAGCAGAGUGCAGUUUGCAGAGUGAUGCAGCUGAUGAAGUCCAUGUCACUUGUGGUCUAGAAAACCUAAUGCAUCAAACGUUACUAGAGGAGAGGCCAGAAGAUGCAGAGGAAGAGUCACAGACAGACCCAGUAUGUGAGGAGCAAGUUGCCUGUGUGGCAGAGCCAUGAUGCCCGUGGCUAUAUACCUGCUAUAUGUACCUUCUCCUGGACUGGAACCAAACCGCUGUCUCCCAAAGAUUAGUGUGACCUCUUCUUCUUCCCUGGCAGCUUCCCAGACUCCCACUCGGUUCCCCCAUUCUGCCAAAUGAGAAGAGAGAAUAUUGUAUAUUUAUGUCCUAGAUCCUGCUUACAGAUCAAUAAAUCUUAUUACAUUGUA